AUGGGUGGAUACGCGACAACUACCCAUGCUGGUUAUUAUAGAGUCGUUUUAGUGUUUGCCCUGUCUUGGGCUGUCCAUGGGACCACGAACGAACUCGGAAACUCUCACGAGAAAUGCGACAACACCUGUAUUUAUCCUUCUGAUGGUCUAUGCGAUGACGGCGGUGAUGGUUCCGAUUACGAUUUGUGUGCGCUUGGUACCGAUUGUGAUGACUGUGGCGUUCGCACCGCACAACCUCAAAUAACAAGUGCCCCAGAACCAACCCAAGACGCGUCUCUCUUAACUGUAUUAUGCGACAAUUCGUGCAGCUUUUCAGGCGACAUUUACUGCGAUGAUGGAGGGGACAACAGCGACUCUGACUGGUGCGAUCUUGGUACAGACUGUGAUGACUGUGGAUCCAGAUAUAUCCAGACAACAGAAAGCCACAACUCGAAAGUUGCACAAACACGGCGAAGCCAAUCCCGUAGAAUUAAAUCAUGUAACAAGAGAAAUAAUGCAGACCUAAUUAUGAAGCGUUUACUAUUUAUCGAAAACAUGGAGUACUGCUAUCCAUGGCAGAAUUUACGUUGGGGAAAAUUACCAAUGCACUCAACUGCAGAUUUUCUUAAAACAGGUCAAGUAACUGAUGCUACCACAAUGAUACCAACGACACUCGAGUCAACUGGAGUAUUUAUGGUUAUGCACGGCGUAUUUACGACGGAUGACCUUGGCGAUUUUACGACGGAGGACCUUGGCGAUUUUACGACGGAGGACCUUGGCGAGUUUACGACGGAGGACCUUGGCGAGUUUACGACGGAGAACCUUGGCGAGUUUACGACGGAGAACCUUGGCGAGUUUACGACGGAGAACCUUGGCGAGUUUACGACGGAGAACCUUGGCGAGUUUACGACGGAGAACCUUGGCGAGUUUACGACGGAGAACCUUGGCGAGUUUACGACGGAGAACCUUGGCGAGUUUACGACGGAGAACCUUGUGACACCAGGUACCGCACAAACCUCGCCAGGACCACCUACGACGAUCCCAACACUGGCCACUGUACUUCCGGAAGACGACUCUGGAUGCGGAAAUGAAAAAUUACUCGAAGCUCCAUCAGGGAUAUUGUUUAGCACGAAUUACUAUACCAGCAGUCGCUAUCGUUCUAAUACCCGAUGCCAAUGGAAGAUCGCCGUGGCUGACGAUGCAAGAGUGAAACUAGUCUUCAACAAUGUCGAUGUUGAGGGAUGCUGCGAUUUCGUUCGCGUAUACGACGGAGAAGACGAGACGGCAGAUCUUAUUGGAAUUUACAACAACAAAAACUCUCCCGGGAGUUACCCUAUUCUCUCCACGAACAAUUAUUUAUUUAUCGUGUUUCUGACCAACGAGCGAAAGAAUCUACGCGGGUUCACCGCCCGGUAUGAUAGUUUGACCCCGGAAGGUUUGGCAUGUAUCCCAAACACCGCCCAACCAGGUGGUAGCGGCACGAUUGGUAAUGCUAACUUUGAAGACAACGAUGGUUCCGACGCACCUUCGUAUUGCGAGAUCACCAUUUCUGUGCCAACUGUAAAUGCUGUACGAAACAUUAAGACGAAUCGUGGAAGGGAGCCGACCGUGACCGUUUUGAGAUUGGUAUUUGAGAAGUUUGAUUUAAAACUUGGUGACAUCUUGGUGGUUAUUGAUGGAUCUGGCGAGGAUGCAUUAAUUGUUGCCAGGCUGUCCGGAAGCACAGUCCCAGAACCAAUAAUCUUCAGCAGUACAACGUUCACUCUCAAGUUCAUCAGUUCUGGCAGGGGAAACGCAAAAAACAAGGGCUUUUUUGGUCGUUACUCGACAAAAGAGGUAAAGGACUCCGGAUGUUCGAAUCCCCAGAAGAUGAGGAACCGUUACGGAAGACUUUCGUCUAUGAAUUUCGGCGAGAUGGGAUAUUACAACAACGAUGCAUACUGUGAAUGGAAAAUCACGGUCCCCGAAGAUGAGAUCAUUGAGUUUAAUUUCGAAAGCGUUUCCAUGGAAUCGUGUUGUGAUUUAGUAGAAAUCUACGACGGAAUUGACGACAAGACUUCACUUCUGGAUAUCGUCAGUGGAGAAUGUGCGCCCCCACCGAUCGUCUCAACAACCAAUAUUCUGUUUGUUCGUUUCUACACAAAUGCUCACGUUAUUUAUCACGGUUUCAAAGCAACAUACAAAGCAUCUCCGAAACCAAAGUAUGAACAAUCUGGAUGUGGUGGUCCACGGGAAUUGACGGACGAAAGUGGCACUAUUACAAGCGCAGAUUACGGAAAUGGACAUUAUCCAAAUGAAUUGUAUUGCAAUUGGUUUAUUUCGGCUAAGCCUGGAAAGGUUGUGGAUCUGAAAAUCCUGGACUUGUUCACAGAGAGUUGUUGUGACAUUUUGUACAUAUAUGAUGGCCCGGAUGCGAGCUCUCCGUUAGUUGGACAAUACAGCGGAGAUGAACACUUGGAGAUUCAUUUGACCUCAUCACAGGAAAUCCUCAGCGUGUUUUUCAACAGUGACCACAAUGUCUCGUUUGACGGCUUCCUUCUCUCCUACAAACAAGUGUAAUAUUAAGAUUUCAUCAGUUCCUGAAAUUACAGAUUCAAGAUUUGACUGUGUCGUUAAUAUUGUCGUGUGCAUUCGGAAUAGUAUUGGAUUAAUAGUUUAUUUAUAAAUAGUAUUUUAAGUAAUUGUGUAAUUAUAAUUUGAGAAUGAAUAGUAUAUAAUUAUUUAUA